CCAUAAUCCAUCCCACUUUGAGACUUUGAGACGACGACCUUGACGACUUCAGCUCAACUCUGAGAUAAAGCAUCUGGCUUUCGGUAACCAAAACCGGCACUUCAGUAAAAAUUUGCUAAUCGUUUUGAGCAAAGAAGCCGCUUCAGAUCGACAACUCUUUAUACGAUCCAUCCACGUCACAUUUUCACAAUGGCAUCCCAGCUGUUACCUCUCGAGCUUAUCGACAAGUGUGUAGGCUCCAGGAUUUGGGUCAUUAUGAAGGGCGACAAGGGUGAGAGAGAGGAUGAGUUUCUGUAUGGUCAUGGACGAUUGUGCUGAAAAGAUGAUAGAAUUCAGCGGAACUCUUGUCGGUUUCGACGACUACGUUAACAUGGUUUUGGAGGAUGUGACCGAGUUUGACUAUUCGGGUAACCACACUAAACUUCCCAAGAUUCUCCUGAACGGUAACAACAUCUGCAUGUUGAUCCCUGGUGGCGAAGGUCCAGAAGGAGCUGCUUGAGAGAGGUCUACCAGGAUCAUAGACAUCGCAAAAUCUCUUUUGGUUGAAACUCAUCUCGAGCCCAGGUCUCCCCUAUUUAAACUCAAGCAAACCUGGCGCGACCUAUUCUAUACGUGUGUCACAACAUGCACAUCAAGUGGAAAUAAGGACCGCAGUAUAGCUCAGAAGAGUCUGCUCUUAAGCUCAUUCCAGUUCAUAUCUGGUUAAAAAUAAAUAAGCAAUAACCUGCAGCCCCAACGCCGACCGCCCAUGAUGCCUGUCCGUUUUAGAUGAUCCCUGAUAAUGAAUGCGGAGCUCAGUGGCCGUUCUGCAUGUUUCCCUGCUCACCAGUGUUGGUGAUUCGUCUCAAUUCCCACUCUCGCGUGAACUCCUGAUGCAGCAUCUCGAGCUGUU